AUGUCACCUCAGUGGCAGGACAAGGCUGCUGGUUUCUUUUCUUCCUCCGGGGUCAAGCUUAAAGAAGCCAAGGAAUCAGCAGGAACAUUUGUUGGUGAGGUCACCAAGGAUACAAAGAGUAAUGUGGCUGAAGUGGCUGGACGAGUGGGGUCAAUGGUCAAGAGUCGGUGGGCACUUCUUCAGCAGCCAUCCACAAGACAUGCUGUGCAGGACCGCUUGAUAUCAGCGGCUGCUACAACUGGCACACUCCUGAGGAGAGGCUUCUCAGGGACAAAGGAUAAGGUGGUUGUGGGAAAGUCCAAGGUUGAAGAGGUGGCAAAAAUAACAGCACAAAAAAGUAAGACUAUCUUGACAGAUAUUGAAAGAUGGCAAAAGGGAGUAGCAAGCACUGAUGUAUUUGGAGUUCCAAUUGAGGUUACUGUGCAGAGGCAAGAUUACUGCAAACCUAUUCCUCAGAUAUUGGUCAAUUGUGCAGAUUAUCUUAUAGUUUCAGGAUUGAAUUUGCCAUAUCUUUUUAAAUCUGAAGGGAAUAAAAAGGUUAUUCACCAGUUGGUUUCCCUAUACAACCAAGAUUCUACUGCUUCGGUGCCAGAAGGAACGAAUCCUGUUGAUGUAGCAGCUCUAGUCAAAUAUUACUUUGCUAGCCUUCCCGAGCCACUUACCACAUUAGAGCUUUAUAAUGAAAUUAGAGGUGCUCGGUCCAGUAUAUAUUCCAUGAGAAACAUACUCAAGAGGCUUUCCAGUGUAAACUACAUGACUCUAGAGUUUAUAACAGCACUUCUACUCCGUGUUAGCCAGAAGGCACUUCUCAACAAGAUGGAUGCACGGAGCCUAGCUAUGGAAAUGGCACCUGUUAUUAUGUGGCAAAAGGAAAGGAGACCUGAAUUUUAUCGUCAAUAUUGGAAUCAGUUGUCAAAAAAUCCUUCCGAAAAGAUUGUGGAUACAACACCUGGUUCAUAUACUGCCUGGGACAUGCUUGCUGAUGAUGACGAAGCCAUAGAUGCAUCAUCUCCUAUUCCUUUGGAUGAUGGCGCGCCAAUAGACUUUGGUGCAAUUGAGGUUAUUCAGUUGCUCAUAGAGCAUCAUAAUGCAAUCUUCACCGACGCAAAUGAGACAGUCUGGAAAUGA